AUGGCAUCCCAAUCUCUAGUCCAAUUCAUAGAAGCAGCGCUAUGGUGCACAGGCCCUUUUGAGCUAUCCUACACAGACCCUGACCAGAAAUGGCUCAUAAGAAAAGACAUGCUUUCACUGCUUCAAGGCUUCCCCAACCUCAGUCCGUCAAUGGACACCUACAUCCACGGUGAUGGCACAAUCGCGAACCUCCUCAAUGCCCAUGGCACGGUCCAUAUCUCCAGCUCUUCUCCCCAAGUCCCCCUCACCAUCUGGCUCCAUGAGAACUAUCCUUACGUGGCCCCAAUCGUGUUCGUGGGCCUGACGGGCAUGGUCCCCUCCCCGACGAUACACCAUGACCACCCCUUCGUAGACCCCUCGGGGCUCACCACGUCGCCAUAUAUCCGAACCUGGCAAUUCCCUAGGUGCAACCUCAAGGAACUUGUCCACAACCUUGUCAAGAUUUUCUCUCGUGACCACCCUUUUUCCUAUUCAGCCACUUCUAGCCCCUUCACCCACUCUUCCGUCGUCUCGAAGGAGGCACUCGAUCGCCUUGAGGGGAUGCUUCACUACGAUACCACGGCCUUGAGGUCCGAGACCGACAAGGAGGUCGAGAAGCUACUGGCCUUGCAACAGGAAAUGGACCAGCAGGUUAAGAUCGUGACGGCUAUAGUCCAAGGGCUCAAGCGCGAGAGGUGGGAAUUGAGGGAUAGGAUGGCACGGUUGGCCAAGGAAGCCGAUGUCUUGAUCAACUGGCUCAAAGUCCACGACCCCAAACGGGCCAUGGCCAUGGGGGACGAUGACAUAGAUGAUGUGUUUGAAGGAGUUGAUGAGGAGUCCAGGUUGAGGCUCCAGUGUUUGGCUGCAGAUCUGUCCAUAGAGGAUACUAUUUAUGCAUUGGAUAAAGCAGUUGAUGAAGGGGCUAUGAAUUUUGAGAUUUAUAUUAGGCAAGUUAGGAAUUUGGCAAGAGAACAGUUUUUCCACAGAGCCAUGUUUUGGAAUGAGUCAGUUGCUAUGUUUACCUUCAACGGGAUAGUUUUAUUCAGUUUAGAGCCAGAUUCUGUAUUGGAUCGGAAGCUUUGUAAAAAUGUCAUUUCAGACUCGUAG